AUAAACUGUUGCUAUUCUUCCAUUCAAAAUAUUCGCAACAUGGGUGAGAUAGACGUGAAAAUCAUCAAAAGAACUCAAGAAACCCUUGGAAAAAUAAUAAAAAAGCCAGUCCUUACUGAAAAACUUUUGUCGAGACCUCCAUUUCGAUUUCUUCAUGAUAUAUGUACGUCAGUUAUUAGGUCGACAGGACUAAUGAAAGGUUUAUUUAACUCAGAAGAAUUAGAAGCUGAUAAUGUUAAAGACAAAGACAAAAAGUUGACAUUUCUUCAAAAGUUGGUCGAUUUUUUGACGGUAGUGCAUGAACGAACCAUUCCUGUCAGAAUAAUGAGCAUUGUUGCUGGUAAGGAGGCUGAGAAAACGAAUGAGAUGCUGUACCUACUUGCUGAAGCUGUCAAUAAAAAGAUCAACAACGAAGAAUAUGUUGCCCGUGUACUCCAAGGACGUAAAGUCGAUGAUGUUAAAGCAAGUAUUGUUGGAAAGGAAGUGUCAGAAAUUAAGCAUCCAAAAAAGAAGUCUGGCACAGAGUCAAAUCCUGUGGGUCAUCGGACAAAGUUAACUCAAAGUCGCCAGAAAUAUAAGUUGAAUGGGGGAAAAGACUCAACAGACCCAGUUAAUUUAGAAAAUUGCGAUAACGCAAGGGAAAAUCACAUGAUUCAAGAUUCUGGAAGUCCUGCUGGCAAUCAUUGUGGUUUACAAACACCGGAAAAAUCACAAGAGGAAAUUGUUGCCCCUUCGCUCCAAAAUUCUGAAACAUCAGUCUUCCAACCUCGACUUCACAGGCCUGCAUCUGCCAAAGGACAGAGGGUUAAAAAAGAUGAUGUGAAGCUAUCAACUGAUCAACAGGAUAGUAAACUUGAACCGACUGAAAACUCAAGGAUUGCACCGCCUCGCCCAAGACGUUCUGGAGAUUUUGUAAUUGAAGAUAAUCACAAACAAAUGAAUAUGACAUGUAUAUCUGGACUUAUUAUUUCUGAAUCACAACAAGAUACAACUGAUGAAGAACACGAUGAUAAUAAUGAUGAUAAGAAAUUUGUUAGUGAAAAAACUCCUGGUGAUAUAUCAGCUGAGAUUUUAACAAAACAAUGGGAUAAAAAUGAGCCAGAAGAUAAUCAUAAACAUGGCGGUUUAGUCACUAAGAUUUUGCAGACAAAAAAGGACUUUGAAAAUGUCAGUACAAUGAAUAGAGAAAGCUUAAAAGAACAGUCUAGUGGAUUAGAUGAAGCAACUAAAGAACGUGAAAAAGCCUUAUUAAAAAAGGAAAUUAGUCGUUUAUGUGAUUCACUCCAAACACUAUCCCGUUCAGCUGUUCCACUGAGUAAACUGAUGGAUUUUGUUCAAGAAGAUUUAGAAACAAUGCAACAAGAAUUUGAACGAUGGAAAACUGAAAACCAUACGCUUAAAUCUCAAUUGAAACAACAAGAAAAUUUAACCCAAACAUGUAUAGAACCUUUGAAAGCUGAACUAGAAGAAUUAGAACAAUAUGCCAAAGAAAAACAGAAAGCUAUUGUUAAAUGUAAAGCUAAAAUAUUUCAUAAUAAUGAGCGUAUACAAAAUUUAUUGUUUAAGUCCUUGGAAAAAGUCUUGUGAACAGUUAUAUCAAACAAAUUAAUGAACGCAUUGAAUUUUUAUUCUAACAUUCUGUGUCGUAUAUUUCCACAAGAUUUAAUGUAAAUUUUCUCCAUAAUUUAUAAAAGUCAAUCAGUUUUUUGAAAAUAUAAGCUCAAAGUAUUUGGAGCUUCCUAAAGAGAAACUUUCUUUCACUUCACCAACGACGUCCAUUUUGGUCAUCAAAUAAUUAAAAAAAACAUUUUCUACCAAUUAAUAUGAAACUAUUGAUGAAUGCUUCGAAUAAAUUAUGAGUUUCCUUGUUGAUUCUUUUGAGAUAUUUUAUGAUAUUAAUUACUUUGUGUUUUGUUUGAAGAAUUUUUUUGUUCAUUUCAAUUUAAACUUUUAAGUGUUGAUUGCUUUCCUCAAGCAUUCUUCUGAGAUAUAUUUUUCGUGAGGUCAACCAAAUUUAUUGUCUCAUCGCUUCUCAUCUUAUGAUGAUAUGUGUGAUUUCACCAAAAACGGUCUAUUUUGCUAAUUUAAUAUCGUUUUCGAAUAAACUUGUUAAACCAGGGGAUUGGGAUUUACUGUAUCGAUUUGGUAUAUUCAUUUUAUCAUUCCGCUGAAAGCCGGUCAACAUCAUUUGUUGGUGAAAGCUUGUUAUAUCAAAUAAAUAAUAAUACAUUAUUC